GAAUAUGUCCUAUUAUUAGUAAAAAAAAGUAUGUCUAAAUAAAGUAAAAUACAAAUAUUAAGUAUUCAAAAGAUGCAUUCAAAGACACAAUGAUAUGUAGUAUUUCACGCUGGUCACUAAGUCUCACUAAUGUUAAAUUAACUGGACAAUUUUCUCUUAUUAUGUCUACUAUAUCGGGUAAUAAGAGUAUAAAGGUGACUAUAGGGGUGUUAUUUCAUGUCUAAAGGGCUCUAAGUUGUAUGAUCAUUGACUACUUUUGCCAUAGCAAAGUGGUAACAAGAACCAGGAAGUAGUAUUUUCUUUCCAUCAUGUUCAAUUAUGCAAACUUGUGAUAUUCCAUAAUGUACCUCAUGAAGCAUAUCUGAAACAUAACUAAAUGACCAUACCCAAAUUGCAGGGUAUAUUUAUUGUAUUCAUCAGGCGGUUGUAGUCUAUAAAGUCAGUUCACAGAGGAAUCAGUCAGUCAGCGUGGUGGCCAAAACAAGCAGGCACGUGCCAGACAUGCAGCGUGCACACUCCGGGGGGUUUAAAUUCCACAAGCGCUCCACACUUAAUCCACCAGACAGGCGACAAAAGCUUACACAGGGUUCGGGUGAGACUGUGAGAGUGAAUUUAUAAUUAAAAUAACACCACAUUCUUUUUUUUUUUUUAUCUCCCAAAAUAUGAUUGUAAUUAUCUCAUUGGUAGGCAAGUGGCAUGAAUCAUAUCCUGUUUGAAGCAAAAUAUUUUUAUUGAUGCUAUCAGAGAGGUAUUCAAUCAACAAUAUGUUUACUAUUAUGUGCUGAAUUAAGGUAACACUGUAGCAUUAUUUCUUAUGCCUGUAUUAUUAAAAAAAUAUUAAUUUGACCAUUUAAUAAUAUUUUUAAUAUUAAGACUGGUCAAGACAGGCACAAUAUUAACAUGUGUGUCAUCUACUGGUCAAAAUGUAAACAAAGUGACGUUUUUUAAAGGAAACUAGGCCUGGACCAUACCAUGUUUUUGCCAAGGUAGGGGGUGUUGUUGUUAGCUCAUUUAGAAUACCUCUAAUGUGUAUAAAUACAUGUUUUUUGAACAUCUUUAUUAAGAUAAAGUUGAAUGUUACACAUGUGUAUCAUAUCCUGUUUUCCCGUCUAUAGAGUAAACAGUAUUCAUAGGAAACUCGAUUCCUAUGAGCCACUCACUGAAGUGAAUCGGGUACUUGAUUCUCUCGUGUUACCCUUCGAAGAUCUCAUGUGUAGAAACUCGCACAUGUGGAAUCGAUUCGGGUUCACGAUUCAGUCGAAUCAUUUGUCACGGAGCACAUGCACAGAAGCCUGCGUGAAUCGGUUACCCAAUUCACUCGAAUCACCCACCACAGAGCACAUCGGCAUCCAUUUCCGUCGUCUCCCCUGAUUUGUUUCAUAUUUAAUAACACUCUGAAAUGACUCCAAUGUUGCCUGAUUUCCCUUUUUUAAUUAGGGCUUGUGAUAGAAGGGCUGAUAAGUGAAAGAGUUAACAGAGACCAGCACCCGUGACUCUCAAUUCAUUGAAAUCGUGCCGAGUUUUGAAGGACUCGUUCAAUACGCAAACAUCUCCAAUGGCCAGGUGGAGGUGGCUACUUAGCAAACAGUGAGAAGUGUUGUCCGAGGAGUAGAAUGUGCGUUGUGCGUUUAUCUUGUCGGUGCAUCAUUUUUCGACAUAUAUUGUAUCGCUAGUUGAUUAGACUUCAAUACAAGCGAGUAUUUGGGACAGGAACAAUUCCACAGGUAAGCUAACGGCUAACGGUAGCGUUUUUGUAUUGGAUCUAAUGAUAAAGUUGGCUUCCGGUUCGACACUUAAGGGGGAAUUUAAGGUGGAAUUGACGUGCUGGGAGUGUCUGUCGUCAUGCCUCUAAGCUCAGGCUAGGGAACCUAUGGCUGGGAAGCUAUUUGUGGCUCUUUUGAUGACAGCACCGGAAGUUGCAUUAAUGAUCUCGGACAGAACAAGUGACGGCCAAAAGAGAGUCCAACACAAGGUAGCAACCCAACUUGCCUGUUCCACUUUGCCAACCAAAACCCUUCUUUCACUUCCAAAAAAUCUAUAAAUUCAUGAGGGAUACGCAGCAGGACAGCUCGGCGAGAGGAAGAAGCACGUUUCUGUUUUCACGAAACCCACUGAUGACACAGUAGGCAACAGAAGGGAAGCAGAGAGCUCGAGGUCCUGUGAGAGCAUGAAAACAAGCCGUGUCACCCCUCCCCGAAUCCCGACAAGACAUGACAUAACACGGGCCACCUGCUAAUCAGCCAUGAUAGCCGUAGAGCUGUGACUGGCAUCCAAGAGCCGACGCCUCUUCUUCUCCGGACCUUCUUGCUGCAUUUUUUUUCUCCGACGAACACAACCUCCUUGGUGCCUGUCCUCGUGUUUCUCUUCAGGAUUCGAAAAAACAUCUCCAUCAUGCAGAGUCCGUCCACCGCAUCAGGUUUCAUUGUUGUCGUUUCCUCCCUCUUAAUUGCCACCCGCUUCCCCGCCGUUGUCAAUGGGGACUGCUGGCUCAUCGAGGGGGACAAAGGUUACGUGUGGCUGGCCAUCUGCAGCCAGAACCAGCCGCCGUACGAGACCAUCCCGCAACACAUCAACAACACCGUCCAUGACCUGAGGCUCAACGAGAACAAACUGAAAGCCGUGUCGCUAAGUUCCAUGUACCGCUUCACCAACCUCACAGAUCUCAACCUGACCAAGAACGAAAUCAGCUACAUUGAAGACGGGGCCUUUUCGGGACAAGCUAACCUACAGGUCCUUCAGCUGGGCUACAACAAACUGAACAACCUGACCGAGGGCAUGAUGAGAGGACUCAGCCGCAUGCAAUGUCUAUUCCUCCAGCAUAAUCUCAUCGAGGUUAUUGCCAGCAAUGCAUUCUGGGAGUGCCCCAGCCUUAGCAGCAUCGAUCUGUCAUCCAACAAACUGGCCCGCAUCGAUCCAUCGACGUUCACCGUUCUCAAUCACCUAAUGGUUUGUGAACUGGCAGCCAAUCCCUUCCACUGCGGAUGCGAUCUGUACAGCUUCCUGAUUUGGUUAGAAUCCUUCAACAACGUCACGCACACUUACGACCGUCUGCAGUGCGAGACACCUCGCGAGAUGUUUGGUUUCCCGCUGCUGAGCCCCAUCGCCGCCGGUCACGCCGGUCGAAAUGCCAAAAACAUUUUAAACUCCCAUUGCCGAGAUGGUGUAAUGAUUCCCGGAAUGACGUCACUUCCGCCGGACCUGGAUGGUUCAUCCGGAAUGGGUCCGGAGAUGUACGGCGGCGUGGGACCUUACCACCAACCCAACUCGUCCACAGGGAUGGAAAACGGCUUCAUUCCCAGCAUCAAACUCCAUCAGGUGUCUUUGUCGUCGGCAUCGCUCCUGGUCCAGAUUCCGAAACCGUUCAGUAAAAUGUACAUUCUGACGCAAUACAACCAAACGUACGUAUCGGAUGUUAUGACGCUGAAGAACAACAAGGAGAAGAUCACGCUCAGCAAGCUCAAACCUCACACUAAUUACACCUUCUGCGUGGCGUCCAUCCGUAAUUCCCAACGCUACAACCACACCUGUCUCACCUUUUCCACUCGUUCCCAAAACAUCCUCCCAACGCCGUCUACCACGACUCACUACAUCAUGACCAUCGUGGGUUGCCUCUUCGGAAUGCUCAUCGUCUUAGGCUUCGUUUACUACUGUUUACGGAAAAAACGGAUGCAUGACGAGAAGAAGAAGUCAAUCUGCGUUAAGAAAACUAUACUGGAAAUGCGCUACGGACCGGAAGUAGCGGCGGCGGUCGCGAAUGAUCCAACGGCGGUCCAUAAGUUGCAAGAACAUUCCAGAGACCACCAUCAGUAUCACCAUCACCACGGGGGGAAGCUUCCGAUGUCGGCGUCGUCCAGUUCCGGAAUGCUACACUCGGCUAACACUAGCUCCUCACGAUUGUCGUCGAUCCCUCAGGUGGAAAAGAUGGCGACCGCUUUCUCCGAGGCUAUGACCAGUAAAGGGAAUUAUAUGGAUAUCCGAAGUGGAGCGGCGGGAAUGGAGAGACUCGGAGGAGACGGCGGACACGGAGUCAUAAGAGGGGACGAUUUAAGGGACGAUGACGGAAGCGAUGUCGGAGAGGAUUCGGAAGACGACGGACACGGAUCCGCAUCCGAGAUCUCGACCAUCGCUAUGGAGGUGGAUAAAGUCAACCAGAUUAUUAACAACUGUAUCGAUGCGUUGAAACUGGACGCGGCGGCUGUCGCCGCUUCGGGGUCCUCGCCAAAUCCGGCUACUUCCUCCAACCCGACGUCGCCGCCGCCGAGUAGCACAUCCGCUCUGACGCGGGGAUUAAUAACACUUCCUCAAGGCAUGACGGAAUCUUGUCCGGUUAACAAAAUUCCACCUCCGCCGCCGCUCCCUGCUUUGAAUACGCCGCUUUCCGAGCGGCCGGGGAUCAGCGGCGGCGGAUUCGUCGUUACGCCUCCGUAUAGACCGCCGCCACCGGCUAACGCCGUACGCCCGAUUCAACGCCAAAUGAGCGCGGAUGCGGCUGUCGUGAUUGUAAACGCCGUGAAGAAACAAAGCAGUACUACGUCUUGUGGUUCCGUUGGUCGGGACCGGGAGCGGGAACGGGAUCGGGAUCGCGGCGGAGCUCGUGUUUAUAGUCUGGAUGUUCCGGAACCGAGGAGCCCGGAUGGCAGUACUCAGUACUCCGACCGUGCCAGUCCUGUGGGUUGCGGGGAGCCCCUGGAAAGACUCCCGUUAGUCGGAAGUAUGAGCUGCACCGCAGCGGGGGGUGGCGGUGGUUGCGACAGUGGUGGCGUUGGUGCCCAACAUCCGGAAAACCAAAUCCCGCACCAUUACCAUCAACAACAACCGCAACAACAACUGGAUGUGCAGCAGGACUACCACUGCUCAGAGCACCGCCAUUCCGUCCCGGCGCUCUACUACGACGGCUCCCACCAGGGCUCCCCGGCUCAGAGGGUGUCCUUCCUAAAACCGCUGUCCCGUUCCCGUCGGGAUGCUGCGUCUUACUCCCAGCUUUCUCCGGCUCGCCACCAUUCCAGCUACUCCGGCUACUCCUCCAGUCCUGAGUACUCCUCAGAGAGCACGCUGAGGAUCUGGGAGCGUUUCCGUCCUUACCGUAAAGGCCAACGUGACGAGGCGUGUUACGUAACGGCCGGGAAUGCCCUUCGGAAGAAGGUGCAGUUCGCUAAAGGCGAGGACCUGCACGACAUCCUGGAUUACUGGAAGGGAGUAUCGGCACAGCAGAAGCUUUGACUCGGGGACCGGUAUUAAGUAUUCUUUGUUUACUUCUGGUUCUACUUUGCCCUUUCUGGGACGGAGAACCUUCUUAAAAGGUAAAGGGAAGAUAAAUGUCGGACACGUUUUGCCUUUUUUUUUUUUUUCGGCAUGCUUGUGUGUAUAGCAUAUUGACUGUGAAACCGUGCCUGGGAUACCUGGGAAUUUUUUUUUUUUUUUACAUUUUACAAUUCAUUGUAGCAGCGCUUCUGGAAUUCUUUAACAUUUGCAGCAUUUCUUGAUCUCACAGGAAGCAAACAGGACGCUAACUGUGCAAUUUGAAUAAUAUUUUUUAGACCGUGCUUACUCAGUGCCGUGCCGUGCGUGAGUGUGGGCUCAUUGGGAAUUCAGUGGGAAAACUCAUGGCUUCAGCCGAGAGGGUGACAUGAUGCAGCACGUGGUUAUAUUUAGACCGGCGUGGAAGUGAAGAGUUGUCAAAAUGUAGGCUCCGUGUACCGGAAUUGGGGGGGGGUAUUUUGCAUUUCAACAGCAACUGUCACACAGGAAGUAGAGAAAAAAAAUAUAUGUUAUAAGGAAAACUGACAUGGUUACAUGCAUUGGCCACACAGCUUGGAGACCCCGAGUUCGAUUCCAUCCUCGGGCAUCUCUCGCAUGUUCUCCCCGUGCAUGCGUGGGUUUUCUCCGGGUACUCCGAUUUCCUCCCACAUUCCAAAAACAUGCUAGGUUAAUUAGCGACUCCAAAUUGUCCAUAGGUAUGAAUGUGAGUGUGAAUGGUUGUUUGUCUAUAUGUGCCCUGUGAUUGGCUGGCCACCAGUCCAGGGUGUACCCCGCCUCUCGCCCCAAACACAGCUGGAAUAGGCUCCAGCACCCCCCACGACCCUCGUGAGGAUCCAUGGUAGAAAAUGAAUGAUUUAAUGAAUGAAACGUGACGCAUAACAUUACAAAUCAUUGUCAGAAAUGGAGUGGGUACCCCCAUGAAAUGGGGUGGAUGCCCCCCCCCGUAUGAAAUGCCACCCCCCCCCCCCCCCAUUUCCGUUUUUUUACGGGAAUUAAUGGGGUUCUCACAAGAGACUCAGUAGCUCCUCACGAGGCUACGCUCUUCUGCACUGUGUGUGUAUGCUAGCAGCCCCGCCUCCACCCACUGUAUGACUGAGAAGUGGGCUCACUCCGUUCAUGCCAUUGUUCUACACAACAAAUGGGCGUGGAGUGAACCCUCUUCCUGUUACCUACAAGCUUUGUACCCACAAAUGCGAAAUUUUGUCACAUUGGGCGGCAGAGCAGAUCAUCCAAAAACCGGAAGGUUCACGGUUCAAUUCUCUCACCUUCCAUUCAGUCACUGUUGUCGUGUCCCUUGGGCAAGGCACUUCACCUUGGAAGCCACGUUUCUAUCCGACUACCCAUUCGGCUGUGGCUACAGAUGUAGCCUACCACCACUAGUGUAUGACUGUGGAGUGAAUGACCAAUGGGUGCAAUUCAUAUCAAAUAUAAUACAUUUUUAUGAUUUCAAUCUUGUGAGAUCUUGUGACACUACGACGAAUUAAUGUCGUUUUACGUGUCAGUGCGUGAUGCGUUCAAGGGAAGAGUACAUUCCAAAUUUUUUCUUUAAAUAGGAAAAAAAUGACUGCCAACACUUUUCAUUUACGUCUAACUUCGGUUAUCCAUCUUAAAACGGGCGUGUACCUUUGGUGUGUGUGUGUGUGUGUGUGUGUGUGUGUUCAGUGGUCAGUGUAAGUGGGUGUUGGCAUGCCUUGUCAGAUUACAUCGUCUACGCCCCAAACUGAUUAUAAUGAAUACUUGUGAAUAUCUAAUAGCCGUCCGGAUUCAUAUAGUAAGCUACGUCACAUGACUAAACACAUGGAUGAACGCACAAACAACAACCGUUAUUUUCCAGACAUAUUAUUCGAAAGUAGCACAGCGCCUCUUGUCGCUACUUUUAAACUUUAAACCGUUUUCCUUUGCAACAAUCUGCCCAAACUGCUGUGAAAUCAUUUUUUUGGCUACCGUAAAAUGUGAAAAACUCAAGUGAUCCUUGUCUCGGAUUUCUAUUUAGGGCUAAAACUCCAUAGAAAAUUAAUUACUGAGACGUUCGAGGUUGUUUUUUUUGUUUGUUUGUUUCUUAUCUUACUUUUGAGCCACUUUAACAGGUUGAUUGUACGUUCCUAGGAAGUGGACGGCGAAGAAGUACAGCUACGACAUAAAAGCAUAGGUCACAACUGGUCAUACGGGAUAAAAACUGUAUGAUGUUUUGAUUUUUGAGGUUCUUUCUCAGGUCAAAUUCUACGGGAGUUUUUGUUUUGGGUUCAGGUUGCAAGAAAAAACACACUUUGUACGUGUUUGUGCGUUGUCCGUACAACCGAUGUGUGUCGUUUUGCUGGUGUCAGAUUUGGGUACAAUGUCGUGCCGUGUAUCAUACCUGCAUAAUCCGUGCGUCCGACGUAUGUCCGUCGUAUAUCUCCUCUUCCGGUCACCAAAAAACAGGGAACGGCAAAAAUUGCAAGGUCGUAAACGUAGAAUUCAAAAAUUUUAUUUUUUUCUCUUAAUUUUUUUACCCUAUUAUAUUCAAAUUGCAACCUGAUUUCCCCCCAAAUUUUACGAGUAAAAAAAAAAAGUGUAUAUUUUUUCUUUAAUAUUUUGCUACUAAAGUGACAUUAUUUUUCCGCUUAAUAUUACAAGCUUAUUUUUGUAAAAUUGUUUUUGUCUUUUUUUUCAAUAUUUCAACGUUUUUCUGAUAUAUAACAAGUUUUUUCUCUUUUCUUUUUCUUUUAAUUUUUCUUUUUCUCUUAAUUUCUCUGAAUUUUUUGACCCUAUUAUAUUCAAAUAACAACUAUUUUUGCAAUUUAUUUUAUUUUAAAAAAUCUAUUCAUCUAUUUUGACUUUAUUUCCAAAAUAUUUUUACUUUGUUUUUGUAAUAUUCAAACUUUUUCCACCACCUAAUUUUCCAAAAAUUACAAUUUUAUUUGUUAUUUUGUUUCUGAUAAUAUUAAAAUUUUCCCAAUAACAUAAAUGAAGAAUAGCUGUAACUAAUAUUGCAGUUUAGCAUGUUUUUAGGAGUUUCUAUAUUGUUAUUGAUGCGUGGUACUGUAAUAUUGGAUAUUGCAUCUCCGUAUUACAUCUCUUCUGGUCACCAAAAAAUGGGAAAUUCAAGUUUUUUCUCUUAAUUUUUCUUUUUCUCUUAAUUUCUCAGAAUUUUUUUUACCCUAUUCUAUUCAAAUUACAACUAUUUUUGCAAUUUAUUUUAUUUUAAAAAAUCAUUUAAAUUAAGUAUUUUGACUUUAUUUCCAAAAUAUUUUUACUUUGUUUUUGUAAUAUUCAAACUUUCCAAAAAACGAGGAACGGCAAAAAUCGCAAGUUCGUAAAGGUCGUGUAUGUCUAGUUGUGACCUAGCCCCAAUUUUUUUGGUCGACUUUUUAAUGCGUCCUGUCAUGAGAAGCGUUCCCGCCACAUAUCAUAAUGAUGUUGAUGGCGGCGGCAAAUAUAAGUCGGAUUUUUUUUGUUUAUGUCGUACUUUUUUUUUUGCCUACCAUUUCCUACGAUUUUUAAAUUCUUUAGAAAACACACGUUGCUUUUUCUUGGUUUUGCAUGUGAUGGUUCGUUAAAGACUUUUAAUCUCAUUUGGGGUUAAAUAUCUCACACAGAAGGUUCGAUACCCGUUCAUCUAUCUGGGAUCAUCAAAGGUUGCCAAUUUACUGUGAUUAAAGCCAAUUUUUAACAUUUUUAUAGGUCAGGAUUUCCUUAUUUGGUGUGUUGGGCUGCCAAAGCAAGUUUAUCCAAGUGUGGAGGUCGGAAUUAGAUGUGUAUUUCCGGAGGGGGGGGGGGGCUUUAUUUGGGCUGCCAGUCGAAAAAAAAUGUCAUGACAUAAUGUAAAAUUCAUUUCAUGUUUCAAUCUCAAAGGGAAUUAUUUGUAUUGAUGGAAUCGGUGAAAGUAAACAAAAAGUGCUCUCCUGCUCAGUUCGAAGCCGAGCGACCUUUUUUAUUUGGAAUUCUAGCAUUAAAAGCGCUUUUUU